GUCAAAACAAAGCAAAAUUUACCAUUCCAGAGGAAACCAAUUUAAUAAAAUUUUACUAAAUUUGAUAAUAAGUCUCUAGUGGGUGCUUUUUGUCUGUAGUAUUAAAAUGUAACCACUUUGCUGUACUUACUUAAAAGAGCAAAAAAACUAUAAUUAACUUUUAUCUAAAGGGUGGCGUUAGUUUGUAACAAUGAUAGAGCUUCCAAGAAUAACACGGGCCCUUAGGGCUCACACGCAACUCGAUAAGCCGCGUUGUUUGAAACCCACUGAUCCUACUAAACCAACUGGCCUCAGGUCCAGGAAGCUGAAAAAAUUCAAAUCCUUCGCAGAUAUCAGUGCUUACAUAAAGCAAAAUGAACCUAAUGCCAUUGACCUGAUAACACUACUACAAAACCUAAAAGAUGCAUGUCUGGAACUAAGCAGUGAUAUGUCUGAUGAAAUGGCUGAUGAUGCUGCAGUGAUGGUCCUUAGAAUGUUCCUUGACCAUGAUAUUGUAAUGCUGAAGCAUCUAAAUGAGCUACGACAGACUUUUGGAGCAGUCACAACUAUUACCGCCAAUAAGAUUUGUCAGAUUGUCACAAAAAUAUCCAGUGAAAUUUCUGAAGAGACCAAAGAGUAUAUCAAAAAAGAAGCAAGUGAAAAUAAAGAAAAUGUUAAACUUUGGGGUGACCACAUACAAAUUAAUUACAUCCCAUACAAACCUGUGAAGAAACCGCUCGCUAAAAUGAUCAGUAAACCCGCAACUGCUGGCUCUUUUGUCACUGACUUCUCGAUGAAGUAUAAAAACAAAAGUGUCAAAGAUAAUAAUGCAGCUCAUAUUGGUAAAACUACACCAUCGUCUAAGUUCACCAAAAGCUGGCUGGAAAUAAAAAUCAAGGAACUCUACAGUGACGACAGUGGCAUGUCCAGCGCAGACAUACUCCAAUCUAUCAUUACAUUCCUCAACUCCCCUCGGAGUAAUGAUGAGUUGCAAAAUGACUUGUUCGAUUUGCUUGGCUUUGAUAAGUUUGAGUUCAUUCAAGAGAUGUUGGUGCAUAGACAGGAGAUUACGGAGAGUUUGAAAGCGCCUCCACCUCAACCUACUAUAGCCGAAUUGGCUGCCACUCUCCCCGAAAAUAAAAUGCCUCAAUAUUUGUGUCAAGUGUCUGUACAGUCAGAACAAGAAAAGUUAAUAGCAAAGUUAGUUAGGAAAGAGGAGAAGAAGGCGAAAAAUUCUAAGAAGAACGACAAUGAAGACGAUGAACCCGAAAUCAAUAUUGCUCAGAUGAGGGAAAAACGCUUAGCAGAAUUAUCAAAACCGGUGGUGCCCUUCUCAGUGUCAAAAUCAGCUGCCAACAUUGACCCGAUUCUUCAGAAAAUAUCGUAUUUCCAAACAAAAGUUCAAUAUCCUAAUGUAUAUGAUAAGUCUAUUGAUGCUAAAGGCGCUGCUGGUUUCGUGUCUGGCCUAAAGCUGAUGCUACCAGAAAACGCAGUGAGGAAAGACCUCAAGGAGUACGAAGAGGUCAUCAUACCCAAGAACGAGCCAGCACCAUUGGAAGUCGGGAAUAAACGAGUGCCGAUUGCCGAGUUAGAUGAGAUUGGCCAAAUGGCGUUCGAGAACAUAAAAGAACUGAACCGAAUCCAGUCUGUGGUGUUCCAAACUGCUUACAACACUAAUGAGAACCUCCUUAUUUGCGCGCCGACCGGAGCGGGUAAAACGAACAUAGCUCUCUUGACUGUGGUGCAUCAGAUAAAACAGCAUAUAGAGAAUAACGUCAUUAUGAAGAAUAAAUUUAAGAUAAUUUACAUAGCCCCGAUGAAGGCCCUUGCAUCAGAAAUGACUGCUAGCUUCGGGCGGCGACUAAAAGGGCUCGGGAUAUCCGUUCGGGAGUUGACAGGAGACAUGAAACUCACCAAAACAGAGGUCCAACAGACGCAAAUGAUAGUCACUACGCCGGAAAAAUGGGAUGUGGUCACCAGGAAAGGGGCUACCGACACGGAACUGGCGUCAAUCGUAAAGCUGCUAAUCAUCGACGAAGUUCACCUUCUCCACGGGGACAGAGGGCCCAUAGUCGAGGCUAUCGUGGCCAGGACCCUAAGACAAGUGGAGUCAACUCAGAACAUGAUCAGGAUAGUGGGACUUUCAGCUACACUGCCCAAUUAUCUUGACGUUGCCAGGUUCCUAAGAGUAAACCCAAACAUCGGUCUAUUCUUCUUCGACUCUCGUUUCCGUCCGGUACCUUUGGAGCAGCAGUUUAUUGGCGUCAAAGAAGUUGGUAGCGGCGGUGGUGCACAUCUUAGACAGAUGCAAAUAAUGAACGACAUAUGCUACGAAAAAGCCUCGGAUAUGGUCCAAAAGGGUCACCAAGUGAUGGUUUUCGUUCACGCCCGAAACGCUACACACCAAACGGCUUUAGUGCUCAAAGAAUUGGCCCAGAAGAAGGGCCAUUUGAAACAUUUCGAGCCGGAGGAUUCUGGUGGCUUUUUGAAAGCGAAAAAAGCGAUAAGCACAAGUCCAAAUAAGAUUUUGGGAGAGUUGUUCGCGUGUGGUUUUGCGUGCCAUCAUGCCGGCAUGCUGAGAAGUGAUAGAAACAUGGUGGAGAAAUAUUUCGGGGAAGGAUACAUAAAAGUUCUAGUGUGUACUUCGACGCUAGCUUGGGGAGUCAAUUUGCCCGCACACGCUGUUAUUAUCAGGGGCACCGAAAUCUACGACCAAAGCCACGGCACAUUCGUGGACUUAAGUAUACUAGAUGUGUUACAAAUAUUCGGUCGCGCGGGAAGACCACAGUUCGAUUCCUCUGGCACCGGUAUCAUUAUAACUACACAUGACAAGCUAACACAUUACCUAAAAUCGAUGACCAACCAGUUUCCCAUUGAGAGCAAUUUCAUCAAUCUUUUGGCGGACAAUCUUAAUGCUGAGGUCGCUCUUGGCACUGUUACUAACAUAGACGAGGCGGUUGAGUGGCUCAGUUACACCUACCUAUUCGUGAGAAUGAGAAUCAAUCCACAGGUUUACGGCCUUACCUACAACGACGUGCAAGAAGAGCCGAUGUUGGAAACUAAACGCAGGGAAUUAAUCACAGCGGCCGCCAUGCAGUUGGACAAAACGCAAAUGAUACGGUACAAUGAGAGGACUGGCGAUCUUAAUGUUACAGAUCUUGGCCGUAGCGCAAGUCACUACUACAUCACGUGCGAGACUAUGGAAGUGUUCAACUCUAUGGUGCGCAAGUCUAUGACUCAGGGCGAAGUGUUGCAAAUGUUGACACGCUGUUCCGACUUCCAGCAGCUCAAGGUUAGGAAAGAAGAACUUUCCGAACUGUGGCAACUCAAAGACCACUAUUGCGAACUUCGAAUAGAAGAUCCACCUGAAGAUAUACAUUGGAAGAUUAAUAUACUACUGCAAGUUUACUUGUCGAGAGGACGCGUCAAUGGAUCAUCGCUUCAGUCUGAUCUCAAUUAUAUUAGUCAGAACGCAGUCCGUAUAGUGCGCGCUCUUUUCGAAAUAACCCUACGCAAAAACAACGCAUACAUGGCCGGGAUUUACUUGAAGAUAGCCAAAAUGUUGGAGCUACAGUUGUGGGAUUUCCAUAGCGACAUGAGACAAUUCAACUGUUUCAAUAUAGAGACGUUGGAGCGUAUUGAGUAUCCGAUGUUGAAACCCGAUCAGAUAAGAGAGAUGGAGUGGCAGGAAUUAGGUGACUUAAUUCGCAAUCCAAAGAACGCGCGGCACAUGAAAAAGUGCGCCGAUGAAUUUCCACUGUUGGAAAUGGAGGCGAGUCUGCACCCCAUCACGCGGACUGUGUUAAGGAUACGACUCAUUAUCACGCCUAAUUUUAAAUGGAACGAUAAAUACCACGGCAAAGCGCCCGAAGCAUUCUGGAUAUGGGUUGAGGAUCCUGACACCGAUAUCAUGUACUACCACGAGUACUUUCUCAUCACUAAGAAACAGGUGGUGACUGGAGAACCCCAAGAGCUGGUUAUCACAAUACCAAUAACAGAACCACUACCGCCGCAGUACUACAUCAGAGCUACCUCUGAAAGAUGGUUGGGCUCAGAGAGUGUGCUGCCCCUAACAUUCCAACAUUUAAUUCUGCCCGAGACACACCCUCCUCAUACAGAUCUCCUAGAACUACAGCCUCUACCCGUGACGGCGUUAAACAACCCCUCCUACGAAUUACUGUACAAUUUCUCGCACUUCAAUCCGAUACAGACGCAAAUAUUCCACUGUUUGUACCAUACGGAUAAUAAUGUGUUGCUAGGAGCGCCCACUGGCUCAGGGAAGACUAUAGUGGCAGAGCUCGCGAUGUUCAGAGUGUUCAAUCAGUACCCUGGAUGUAAGGUCGUUUAUAUAGCACCAUUGAAAGCGCUCGUCAAGGAAAGAAUAAAAGAUUGGAAAGUUCGGAUAGAGGAGCGACUUGGUAGAAAAGUUGUAGAGUUGACUGGCGACGUAUCACCCGACAUCCGAGCGAUCAAGAGUUCCCACGUCAUAGUCACAACUCCGGAGAAAUGGGACGGCAUCAGUCGUUCGUGGCAGACGAGGAACUACGUGCGGGACGUGGCGCUGAUCGUGAUCGACGAGAUACACCUGCUGGGGGAGGAUCGCGGGCCUGUCUUGGAGGUGAUCGUGUCAAGAACAAACUUCAUAGAAUCGCACACGUCUCGGCGCCUGCGCAUAAUUGGCCUGUCGACUGCUCUAGCCAACGCUAAAGACCUCGCGAAUUGGCUGAAUAUCGGUGAAAUGGGAUUGUACAACUUCAGGCCUUCAGUUCGUCCUGUGCCACUGGAGGUACACAUAUCGGGUCACCCGGGCCGCCACUACUGCCCGCGCAUGCUGUCGAUGAACAAGCCGACGUUCCACGCCAUCCGCACGCACGCGGCCGCCGCGCCCGCGCUCGUGUUCGUGUCCAGCCGGCGGCAGACCAGAUUAACAGCUCUCGAUCUAAUCGCAUACCUUGCCGCGGAAGAAAAUCCUAAACAAUGGCUACACAUGCGAGAAGCUGAAAUGGAGCAAAUUCUGGCGAACAUUCGAGAGUCUAACCUCAAACUAACCCUCGCUUUUGGCAUCGGCAUCCACCACGCUGGAUUGCACGAGCGAGAUAGAACUACUGUGGAGGAAUUGUUUAUUAACCAAAAGAUACAGAUUCUAAUAUGCACAGCGACGUUGGCUUGGGGCGUCAACUUUCCCGCUCACCUGGUAGUGAUCAAGGGCACGGAGUACUACGACGGGAAGCAGAAACGCUACGUCGACAUGCCCAUCACGGACGUGCUGCAGAUGAUGGGAAGAGCUGGCCGCCCACAGUAUGAUAAUGAAGGAGUAGCGGUGGUAUUGGUGCACGACCAAAAGAAGAAUUUCUACAAGAAGUUCUUGUACGAACCAUUCCCAGUCGAAUCUAGCUUAUUGGAAGUAUUGGCUGACCACUUGAACGCUGAAAUCGUUGCGGGCACAGUUCAAACGAAACAGGACAUCCUAGACUACCUCACCUGGACCUAUUUCUUCCGACGGCUGCUCAAGAAUCCUUCUUAUUACAAUCUGGAAAGCCUAGAGCCUCAAGACGUGAACAGAUACCUGUCUAAUCUGGUUCAAACCAGUUUGGACGCGUUAUGUAACGCAGGCUGUGUUGAAAUUGAGGAGGACCAACGCACAGUGCACUGCACAUGGAUGGGCCGCAUCGCGUCCUACUACUACCUCUCCCACCGGACCAUGGGCCACUUCGGCCGCCAGCUGCAGAGCGGCCUGGCGCCCGACGCGCUGCUGCGGGUGCUGGCCGACGUCGAGGAGUACGCCACCUUGCCGGUCCGGCACAACGAGGAUAUACAGAAUGGCGAACUAGCCCAGCAAUGUCGCCUGCCCGUCGACCAGUUAUCGCUGGACUCGUCCAACGUGAAAGCUUUCCUGCUACUACAAGCGCACAUGACGCGUCUGCCGCUACCUAAUACCGACUACCUCACCGAUACCAAGUCGGUGCUUGAUCAGACCAUCAGGAUAUUACAGGCCAUGAUAGACACAUCAGCAGAAAACGGUUGGCUCUCCGUCUGUCUGUCCUGCCAGAUACUCAUGCAGUGUAUCGUCCAAGCGAGAUGGCCGGCCGACUCCCCCCUCACCACUCUCCCGCACGUGGACUCCCAACAUCUGUACAUGUUCUCACAGAUGAGCAAAGAGACUAAGAAACCGUGCAUGAUGCUGAAUGGGCUUAAAGUCGCGUGUGUGAGGAACUACGAGCUGCUGGCGAAGUAUAUGAGGAGGGAGUUUGAUGAGCACCAGAUUGAGCAGAUUUAUAAAGCUAUUUGCGACCUACCGACUUUGGACAUAAAGCUAUCCGUUCGAGGCCUAUGGUUCGACAGUGAUGGCGAGCAAGACAAACGCAUAAAACAACCGCCGAACAGGGAAUGGAUGCCGAUCCAUGCUGACCAGGAAUACACACUAGUGAUAGAACUGAACCGUCGCGGCGGGAACCCUAACAACGUGUUAUGUCCCCGAUUCCCGCGCGGGAAAAACGAGGGCUGGUUCCUCACUGUGGGAACUGUGGACGACGGGGAACUCCAUGCCUUGAAGAGGAUACCUCCGAAAGGCACCGCUCAGGUCACGUUCUAUACGCCGAAUUAUACAGGGAGGAUUAUUUACACAGUUUACAUAAUGAGCGAUAGUUACAUGGGCCUGGAUCAACAAUACGACUUGCAGUUCGAACUGCUGGACCCAUUACCUAGCGAAAAUGUUGAACGCGUGUACGAUGUAGACAAGACUAUCACUGAGUGAUGUUUAUUGUAAAAAUAAAUCAUUUUAUUACUGUUUA